AUGCCUAAAACUGAUCUUCCUUACGCUGCUGACGCGGAGUUGUCUCUAUCUAGUGACGAACUAGGCGUGCUCAGAAGACAAUACGAUCAUGAAGGAGCAGAAGUCACGACGCAAACGAAAUUCAAUUACGCUUGGGGUUUAAUCAAAAGUAAAAAGAAACCCGAUCAACAAUUGGGUGUUCAGUUGUUAGCGGAAAUUUUUCAGGAUUCACCUGAGCGUCGUCGGGAAUGUCUUUAUUACCUCGCCCUGGGGCAUUUCAAGUUAGGUGAAUAUACAAAUGCCAAGGAGUUCAACAAUCAGCUACUUGAAAGAGAGCCCGACAAUUUACAAGCUUUGAAUCUAAAACACAUGAUAGAAGAAAACCUCAAGAAAGAGGGAGUUAUGGGAAUGCUCAUUGCUUCUGGAGUCUUUGCAGUCGGAGCUGUAGUUGUUGGAUCAUUACUAGGUUUAAGAAAAAAAGAUUGA